CCUCCUCCUUCGGGGAAGGGGGCAGCCCGUUUGCCCGGCCAGCUGCACGCCUUGGACGAGAAAGGAGGAGAAGGAGGAGAAGAAGGAGGAGGAGGAGGAGGAGGAGGAGAGAGAAAAAAGGAGGAGGGAAGAAAAGGGACAGCCGGCCCUGAGCCUCCCUGCUGCCGGCUCCUGGCCGUGGGAAUCCUCCGCUCCGCCGUGGGAACGGACCCCAACCCCGGCAAAAGCAUCCGGAGCUCCCCUAGCCCCCACUGAACCCCUCCAGUGAACUGCCUGGGCCAUCUUGGUGAGAGACAGAACUGGGAAAAAAAAAUAAAGAAGGUCAACAAUGCAGAUCUUAGCCUGGUUCAAUUUGCUGCUUCUCCUCCCUUGUUUUGGUACCACCAAAACCUGCUUCCCUGGCUGCCACUGUGAAGUGGAAAGUUUUGGUCUCUUUGACAGCUUUAGCUUGACCAAAGUGGACUGCAGUGGAAUAGGCUCCCACAUUGUUCCUGUCCCAAUCCCUCUGGAUACAUCUUACUUGGAUCUCUCAUCCAACAAACUGGAAACAAUCAAUGAAUCAAUGCUCACUGGCCCUGGUUACACCACUUUAGUCAGCCUUGACCUGAGCUACAAUAAAAUUGCCAAGAUUUCCUCCACAACUUUUUCCAGGCUUCGGUAUCUGGAGUCUUUGGAUCUGAGUCAUAACUCUUUGGAAGUCCUUCCCGAGGAUUGUUUCUCCAGUUCUCCUCUGAGUGACAUAGAUUUGAGCAAUAACAAGCUUUUGGAGAUAGGAAUGGAUGUUUUUGCUUCAAAAGGCCAAGGCAAACCCUUGAAUGUGGAUCUAUCCAACAAUAUGCUUGGCACAAUUACGAGGCACCGUGAAAAGAGCAUCCCCAACAUCCAGAACUUAAAUCUUUCUGGAAACAGGCUGACAGCUGUGCCAAACCUUCAGGGCAUUCCUCUCCGAUAUUUAAAUCUUGAUGGGAACCCUCUAGUCAAGAUUAAAAAAGGAGACUUCACAGGGUUGAAAGAUUUGAUUCAUUUAUCCCUCAGUGGCUUGCAUGGUUUUGGAGAGUUAUCUCCUUAUAGCUUCAAGGAACUGCCAGCUCUCCAAGUUCUGGAUUUAUCCAACAAUCCUGGCCUGAAAUCUCUGACUGCUGAAGUUAUCUUUGGUCUGAACUCCCUACAAGAGCUCAACCUCUCUGGGACAGCUGUGGCAACCUUGCCAAAGACUGUGCUGAAAUACCUGCCUUCCAUCAAAAGCAUCACUUUGGGGAAGAACAUCCAGUGUUUUAAGACCAUCAAAGAAGGACAGUACCACCGACAAAUUGGGCUGACCAAAAAAGAGGUCCUCAGUUGCCACGACAGCCAUGGGACUGUAGCAGCAGCACCUUAUGUUUCAUGAUGAAAACUGGGGAAAAAGGGGUGGGAAGGGAAUGGUUGGGUGGGGGCCAUGGGGUUUGUACAGGUGUCGGACUGAGCUGGCUUGCAGUGUGCCUUUUGUAAAACUGUUGAUAAUUUAUAUAUUUGUAUACGCCAAUACUUGAUUGUCUGUGGAUUUUAUAAACUUCCCAAAUCCUCACCCAGAUGGUCUGCAGGUUUCAGAUUUUGCCUGGUGCAUUGAGGUCCUGCACGCAGCCCAGUACCUCAACAAUGGGGGAUGCUACUGGGGGAUGCUACUGGGACCAAUGGGACCAAACUGCUCUGCAGGUCCCAGGGCAGAACAACCAGUCUGGAGCCAACAUUUAGUGACCCAGACACAGCUGCAGAAGCAAAGCUCCAUCUGUCCAGAGCACACACCAAAAGGUACCAACUCAGUAGCUUCUUGCUUACAAGCUCGUGCAUCGUCCUUUUUUUUUUUUUUUUUUAAUUAUUAUUCCCCACAAAGUGCCUUCUGGAUGUUGCCUUCAUUAGCAGCACCCUGCUCCCUGUCAUGCACUUUCAGUCUUGAAGAAACAUUUCCAGACAAACCUGAAUACAGGGUGCUCCUAAUGUGCUGGUUUUUACAUGUUAUUUGCAUAGGUGUGCAACGAGCAUUGAGUAAGUCGAGAACUUUUCCCACAAUUUUCUCUCUCUUUUCCCAUCCUGAUCCUUUUCAUGUUAAAUUACUUCAGGUCCAAACUUGGCAGCCUCCUUCCUUCUUAACCUUAGCAAGUUAUUGCUCAGAGAUGAUGUGCAGCAGGGCAAGGGAAGCAGGGAUCUGCCAACAGCCACGUCCCACCCAGGAUCCAACCUCCAAUGAAGGAAAUUAUCUGAGCUGCA